AUGGAAAUCGCCGGCCCAGAACCCGAGCUACAGUCAGGAGAAUAUCUUCCCGAUCCUUACUUGGCAGAAUUUAGCGAACUUGGGCAUCAAAUCUUCUCGUACACACCAACCAUCCCUGAACGCAUUGAGACACCAGGGAAAGUGGUCCAGCCAGAUCUAAUUGUUAUCUGCUCCUGGAUGGGAGCUCAGUCUCGGUAUAUCAGAAAGUACCUCACCCCAUAUCAAACAAUAUUUCCGCGCUCGCCCAUACUCCUGCUCCGACAGGAUGGAUCCGACCUAUUCUGGCGGACAGAGCGUCAGCAGGUUAAGAACUUGGAACCUGCGAUUUCCGUUAUAAGGCAGCUAGUGGACCAGAAGCGACCGAACAAGCCAAACGUCCUGGUUCAUAUCUUCUCCAACGGCGGCUCCUAUACGGCAUGCCAGCUGGCGGACGCAUAUCAAGAUUCAUCACCCGAUAAGGACGAAUUAUUGCCCAUCUCGGCCUUGAUUCUGGACAGCACGCCCAGCCUACCGUCAGUACAACGCGCACAUACAGCUAUAUGCGAGUCGCUCCCCAAAUCCGGUCCAGGUCGAGUCGUAGGCAGCGCAGCGGUGUGGGGAUAUAUUGGUUUGGCCAAGGCGAUUGAAACCGUCACUGGAAAGGAAGACAUCACUACCUCAUUGAGAAGGAGACUAAAUGACCCCAACGGAGCCUUCACGCAGGGUAUAUUGAAAAGGGUAUAUAUCUAUUCACAAGCCGACGAACUGAUCCCGGCGUCUGAUGUGGAAGCACAUGCUAGAGCGGCUAGCUCGACGAUUGGAUGGUUCAGAGUACAAUUGGAAGACUUCGUGUCGAGUCGACAUGUUGGUCAUGUCAUGCUGGAUGGGCCUAGAUACUGGAUACUUAUUGGAAAUCUGUGGAAGGAAUCUGUUGGAUAA